AGGAUGUGGCCAGCCCCAAGCGCAACCAGCCACUCGCCUGGACUCCGGUGGGCGCUUUCACUACGUUGUCUUCGUUGGCUGAAGGGAAGCCCGCUUAUUUAUUUUCCCUUCAAAGGUUUACGAGGGAACAGAGCGUUAGGAGUUGAGCCUGGCUUACCAACCCACAGAAGCGGCUGGAGCUCGCACCUAGUCAGCUCGAGCCCCGGGAGAGGCUUUCUCUGAGAUCGCCCAAAGGCGAUCGGAAGGGCUGCCGAGGCUCGGGUUACGAUUGGGGCUGGCCCAGGUUGCACAAGCCUGGGCUCUACUUCACCCCGCCCAGCUCGGCCCUCCCAAGGGACUCCCGAGCCCAGCGCGUUCGAGAAAGCCUUCCUGGACCGGGGGUGCGGGCCUCACCGCAGCGCAGCGUUGGACAGCUCUCCGCUCUCUGCGGGGCUGCGUGGGAGCCCGCAGACCCUCCCCGCGCGUCCGUCCGCAGCCUGCCAGUCUCCGUGCUCGGCCCCGCACGAGGAAACCAGAAGCCAUUCCCAUUGACGCUGAAGAUGUUUCCGGAGGAGAAGAAAAAGGAGUUUGUGAGCGUCUGGGUCCGGGAUCCUCGCAUUCAGAAGGAAGACUAUUGGCACUCCUACAUCGACUAUGAGAUAUGCAUCCACACAACUUCCUGAACUUCCUUCUAAAAACCUGUUUUUCAACAUCAAUAAUCGUCAGCACGUUGACCAGCGGCGUCAAGGCCUGGAAGAAUUUCUGAGAAAGAUCCUACAAGAUGCCCUUUUGCUCUCGGACAGCAGACUUCACCUCUUUUUACAGAGCCACUUAAGUUCUGAAGAUAUUGAGGCUUGUGUUUCUGGACAGACAAGUUAUUCUGUAACUGAAGCAAUUCAUAAGUUUGCUUCCUCAAACAGACGUUUCCCUGAAGAAGAUGAGGAAGGGAAAAAAGACAAUUCUCUAGAGUGUGGCUCAGAAAGUUCAUCCUCCGGGCUUGGUCACAGUUCUGAAGACAGCAGUCCACAUGGAUGUAAAACAAACCCAGCUCUUCAAGAAUCCUGAAAAAUAAUUUUUGUUACUAUCUUAGUAAUAGGAAAUUAUGCCCAUGUCAUAAAGACAUGGUUGGUUCACAAUAGUACCUCCCUAUGUAAAGUACUUCUGUCAGGGUGACAUGAUUGGUAGUGUAUUCUCAAAGCUGUGCUCCCCCCCCCAUUUUAUUUUUUUUAAAGUUCAUUAAUGGUUCCCAGUUCAGGGUUUUAUGUUAUCUUAUUUUGGUUAAGGCAGAGGAGAAGGAAAAUUCUCUUUGCUGUGACUCAGUAAAAUGGCUAAUACUGAAUUUUCAAGAUAAGAAUCAUUUGAUAAAUGAGGUCCUGAUCCAAUAGGAAAUAAUUUAUGUUAAUAUAUAGGUGUGAAUUUAAACUUGUGUGUAUUAUGUAAAACCUCUGGUUUUGUUCAAUGAAAAAAUCCACUUGGUACAUUAACACCAUUUAAAACCAUGCAAGAUAUUGCAUUUUCCCUACAUUAACAUGUCACUUUAAACAGAGUUUUGAAGCCUGUCAUAGGAUUUUGUAGGCCAUCUUCUAGCAAGCACCAUACCCCGUUGCAAUGCAUUAAUGAGAUAUGCUGAUAUUAUGUGGCUCCAUCCCCUACACAGGGAAAGACUGGAAUGUUGGUUGUGCAUGUGGCUGACUCAGGACUAGCUGGGACUGCUCAGUUUUCUAGUCUGUUGUUUAGGGUGCACACAGAUGUUACACACAGGUUAGGAACACAGACCAGUAUUAAAAUAAUUUUUCCUCAGGAGUGCAAAUUCAAAUAAAUAUGGCGACUAAUGUCUCUUCAGACCUAGCCAAACAUCAGCCUAAGCCUCAAGUCUGGAGGGCCUUAACCUUUGCUUUUGUCAUGCAUUUGGCAGCCAGAGAUUCAGUUAUAUUUUUUUCCAAAAUAUAUCAUUUCUUCGCUUGAAAUUUCUCAGUGUUUUUAGUGGUUGUUAAUUUCUUUACUAAAUGGAUUAAAAACAAGACUAAAGGUAAUGUUUACCAAAAAGUAUUCUGCUAGUUUAGGAAAUAAGAUUAACUAAUUGAAUAUGCAUUAAAAAAAAAAGUUGCAUCGAUUCCUUUACCUAACCCUUUAAGGCUACACUUGAGAAAUGUUGCAGUCUGGUAAAAUAUAGCCUUAGAUAACUUUCUGUUGACAGAGCACUUUAAUAAGAUAAUUAUCCAAAUUUCUUCCUUGUCCAGUUGCACAAAGUAAUCUGUUUCCAUUCGGACAACCUGGUAGGAAGAUAUUUAGGAAGAAAUGGAGGUAACUUGUUGCUUCUUUUGGCUGUUUGUCCUGGAGGCUAGUGGACGAUGUUUGUAAAAGGCAGUUAAUUUUGGGAGUAUUUUUGUCAUUCUAUUAUUAAUAAACUUCUUAACGUAGGUCAAAGGAUUGUACUGAAAUAACAGCACAAAACAAAACAAAAAACGCAAGACAAGAAUUAUUCUCUCAAUUUUGCUGUCUUGCUUGCUUACUUGGUCUAAACUCUUAUUAGAUUUUGCUUAGGAUCUUGAUUUAGUAUGUGAGGCCUGUUACUGCAUCAUGGGAGAGCCAUUAAUUGAAAACAGGGGAAAAAAAACUCCAAGAUUUAAGAGUUUUUCUAAUCACCCUGGUAACUGGGUGGGGGUAAGGGAAGAAGGAGGGUUGGCUUGCCGUCUAGGUAUCAGAUUUAUUUAUUUAUUUUUCUUAGCAAUACAUAUUUGAAUUUACAAUCACUAUUUCACUUCUAGAAUAUUUUUAGAAAACAUGUGAUCAGCCAUUCAUUUUAAUGUUAUUUUUAGAUCUUGUAACAUAAAUAUCCAAAUGUCUACCUUGUAAUUUGUUCCUUAAGAUUCUGUGGAUUUUUGUUUCUAAAUUAAACGUGAAGAAAUCUAGUCUGGCCUGUUUGGUUUAUUUCUGAGGAGAAAAAAUAAUUUUUUUCAUUGAGAUCUUUCUUUAUUUUUAUUGCCUUUUCAAAUUAUCUAAAGAAUGUUGGCAAAUUGAAUUUAGUUUUCCCAAUUGGUCCUUGCACAGGUAAAGUUUAGGGAUAUUAUUUUUGGUUUGGUUGUUCUGAUUUCCAAAUACAGAUCUACAAAUAACAUUUCCUGCCAGUCUAGUGAAUAUCUAUGUAAGAUACAAAUUCUGUUCUGUUGAAAUUAACCUCUUUCUGAGGACCCUCCUACCCCCAAUUUCCCUGCUUUGUUCAAAUCUUCCUUAGCAUCCUUACUUACCUGGAUCAAUUUCAUAGAAACCUUUCUAUGGAGACAAAAACACUUAGGGCAACUUAUGGAGAAUAAUUGCUAUUCAGUGAUUUUUAUUUUUUUUUAAUUUUAUUUAAAAAUAAACACAAAAAAAGCCAAAUGUCAAGUCAGUAAAAAUGUUUUAUGGUUUGCUACGAAUAGUAGUGCCUAGCUAUUAUUAACUUGGAUAUUUUAGAUUUUUUUAAAAAGGCAAUACUUCCCUCCGGUUCCCCACCCUUCCUUUUUAAUUGAUUUAUGUGGAACUUGAAGGUUUCCACCAUGAAAUUCAAAGACCUGUUACCUUAUUCAAAAGUCCUACCUUUAGAAAAAUAAUAAAUAUUCUUCUUUAAAAUGUUCUGCUUUUAAAAUUGCUACCAAAAGGAAAGUGUUACAAGGAAGUCACUUGGUAUUUUUAAGCGCACAAGCAUUUAUAAGUAAUGUUCCUUUAAAAAAGGUCUCGC